AUGGCGGACUCGAUGAUCGCUGAUCAGAGUUAUCUCUUUCUCAAUCGGAUACAGGGAAGAAGGUUCGAUGAAGAAACUCUUCGCAUUCUCGAGUUUUCGCUGGUUGCGAUGAAUUUGAAUUCGCUUUCCGAGGUUAGAUCCAGAUUGAGAGAUUUCAUGAGAUCGGAAUCGUCUGCCGUAUUAGGUGAGCUCACCGGAGAAUCCAUCGUUGCAAAGCUCUCCGUACUCGAAUUCUUCGCUCGCGCUUUCGCUCUUAUCGGUGAUAUGGAGAGUUGUUUGGCUAUGAGAUAUGAGGCGUUAAAUUUGAGGGAGCUCAAUUCCUCUAGCUGUUUGUGGCUAAGGGUUUCACAUUCAGAGUGGACCAAUUUUGCAGUCCAGUCGAUGGAAAAUGGAUUCCCUUCUAUUGCAGCAAAGGCGUCUGAAAAUGCGCUAUUGAGCCUUGAGAAGGAUAGUUUUCUUGAACCAAAAUCAGAAGAGAACUCUGAAAUGUUGGAUGCUGCUGAGAAAGUGAGGAGACUUAGAGAUUCAGCUGCCUUCUUAACAUCUGCACAUUCAGUUCAGGCACAAGGUGCAGAGUACUUGAGAAGCAAGGAACUCAGGAUACUAAGCAGACAGACUCGACCCGUUAAAAACUCAGACUGCACAGGUAGCAAUUUGUUCAGAGAUGGAAUCAGUAAGCGGAAUGAACGAAAGUUGCAACAUCUUCGUAGCAUUUAG